UCGGCUGUAUUGACGCGGAGCUUCUUCUGUGAAACCAGGAGCAGAGAGCGGAGCUCUUGGAGCGACCUGAAGCGCACACAGACGCCGAGAGCCGGAUCUCCUGCUCUCCACUUCUCUCCUCCGAGCUUUCGUGUUGCCAUUUUCUUCAGAAGCGCUGUUUUGAGUUCGAGGCUCGAAGGAACGCAUUCAGAAUGCUGAUGACCCCAUGGAUGCCCCAGAAGAUUUGAGUUCCCCGAGAGCACUUACCGAAGCUCUUACUCACCUCGCACCUCCAACCUACAAAUCAGAGUAGAUCGCUCUUAACCUCCUCAGCGCCCCCUGUCCACGGGAAGUAUGCCUGGAUGGAGAUCCCAAUAUCAUCUGGUGCUGCUCAACCUACUUUCCUGUGGCCUGGAGAUCUGUGUGGCAGCUGGCAUCACCUACGUACCACCACUCUUGCUGGAGGCGGGCAUAGAGGAGAAGUACAUGACCAUGGUUCUAGGUAUUGGUCCAGUUCUGGGCCUAGUCUUCAUCCCUCUCAUCGGUUCAGCCAGUGACCAUUGUAGCAGUAGCUAUGGACGCCGGCGACCUUUCAUCUGGCUGCUGUCUCUGGGUGUGCUCAUUGCCAUGCUCAUCAUCCCUAAUGCCGACGUUUUGGCUGCCUACCUCAGCUGGGGUGGCAGCGCCCAUCCUAACCAACCCCUUCAGGUGGGCCUGCUCAUUUUGGGUGUGGUGCUGCUAGACUUCUGUGGGCAGGUGUGCUUUACGCCGCUGGAAGCGCUUCUGUCAGACCUGUACAGUGGGCAUGAGGAGUGCACCCGUGCCUUCGCAACCUUCUCCUUCAUGACAAGUCUGGGCUCGUGCAUGGGAUACCUCCUUUCCCUGCUCGACUGGAGCUCUGGUCCACUUGCUUAUUACCUGGGUGGCCAAGCCAAGGGACUCUUCACUUUUCUUAUCCUUAUCUUUGUUAUCUGCGUGCUGGUCACCAUGAAGGCAUCAGAGGAAAAAGAGGAGUCCGAUACCUGGACUGGAUGCCUCUCCUUGUGCUACGUGUCCCGGAGACGGUUUAAGAUCUGCCUCCCAAGGGCAAGUUAUCUAAUAUGUGUGCUCAGAAGCUGCUGCUCGGUUACCCCGGCGAUCUUCAGAAGCUACUGCCAUGUGCCCUAUGUCAUGAGGCGUCUCUGCGCUGCUCAGCUAAGCAGCUGGAUGGCCAUUGUGAGCUUCAUGCUUUUCUACACAGACUUUGUCGGAGAGGGACUUUACCAAGGUGUGCCCAGUGCUGCACCAGGCACAGUGCCCAGAAAGCAAUAUGAUGAAGGGAUCCGUAUGGGCAGUGUGGGGCUGUUCCUACAGUGUGCUACCUCAACCUUCUUCUCAUUGAUCAUGAACCGGCUUUUGUGUACGUUCGGCUCCAGGAAGGUCUUUCUGUUCAGCAUGGUGUCUUUUACCCUCUCAGCUCUGGUCAUCUGCUUCUCCAAGAGUGUGCUGUUAGUCACAGGGAUGUCUGCCCUUACCGGGUUUGCCUUUGCCACCUUACAGACUCUGCCAUACACACUUACCUGCCACUAUCACCAAGAGAAGGAGGUGUAUAUGCCAACCAUCAAAACCAAAAAGCCGCACACGAACGGGAUCUCCGCUGAAACCAUGCGCCUCGCACUGAAUGACGACGGCAAUCUGAAUCGUAAGGCCACGCCUCACGGCCAGGACGACCUGGAAUACUACCCUCCUCAGCACGUCGAUCACAGAUCAGACGAUUACGAAAAACGCGGUGUGGGCUUGGAUUUCGCCAUUCUCGAUAGCACUUUCUUGCUCUCUCAGGUCUUCCCUUCUCUCUUCAUGGGCAUGAUUGUCCAGUUCACGCAAUCCGUCACUGCCUACAUCGCUUCUUCUGCCAUUUUUGGUGCGGUCAGUGUCUAUUUUGCCACACGGGUCAUCUUCGAACAGAAGGAUCUCGAACAUUAGAAGAAAACCAUCCAUUUGAAAGACCAGGGUUUUACUCCAGGAAGUAAAAAAGGUCCUUGUGGCACAGAUUUUUGACUUCAAGCUCUAGAACUUAAAAAAGAGGAAUAAAUCUGUAGUCAUUCAGGGUGAUGACUUGCUGUUCUUCUUUCUCCUGCCUGCCCACACAUCUUGCCGGUCUCACAAUCCUUCCUGCCAGUCAUUCUCACCACGCUGGUCAUUCGCCCAGACCGAGAAACCUAUUUACUGGGUAUAUUUAAUGUUAUAAUUGUAUACAUUUUAUUUUAUUUUUUGCACUAAUAGCAUGUCUUAUCAUCACAGUUUACUUAGUGCAGCACCGCUGUGAAGACGACUUCACAGAGCUCAGGCAUUUUUGUUCUCUCAUAUCAUGUGCCCACCAAAAGAAAACACACACACACACACACACACACACACACACACACACACACACACAUAACUCGGACCAACAGUUGCAUCAGAGAGAUGGUGAUGCAAUGCCAAUAUGUGAUGUAAACAUUCAAAACUAUUUUACUGUAUAUAUUUUUGUACAUUCGUAAUAUAU